CAUCGUGAACACCGUUGGCUGCAUCAGUCUGGCGCGCCUGACAUGCGGUGAACCCACUCAGCUUGAUGUUUUGGCAAGUGUACCUCUGGCCUUCAAUCCGAUCACCAACGUCCUUUUGAAGAGGAUCAUCCUCCGGAUGUCAGAGAUACAUGCGGGUAGAGAGCAAACCAAGAACAUGCGCCGAACAACCCAUGCAGAAUCCAUCACUGGUGUAAUGUUUGUGAUCCUCGCGGUCGUCGUCGUCCUGCUGGCUCUUCUUGGCAGUGAUUUGUGGGCUGAUGCAACCUUUCCCCGCGUUGUGGUGGCAGCCGGCACGCUGGCAAUAGUGUUCCUCGUGGUCCUCGAUGGUGUUUUCUCGUGGUCAGCAUACACAUCCCUGCGGUCAGUGGUACGCAGUGUGGAGAUGGCCAUGCCGAUGCAAGACCCUGGCAAACUGAGCACCGCCUUGUCUGUUGCGAAAACCAAUCUCUAUCUGGUGGUGCUUGCAGUCGUGGGCACCAGCCUCUUCUACGGCAUGUUCGUUGGCGCUGGAGUCGCCUUCUUACUUUUCUACAGGACAGGCCUGACGCUUGGGGAGUCUGGCGAUGCCCCUGACACUGCGUCCGAUCCUACUACUACCGGGAUCGUGCCGCUGAUGAUCUGGUGCUUGGACAGCGUGUUCAACGAUGUUUGCGCUGUCUACUUGGGGUGCGGCCCCACGCAGGCUGCACUUGAUCUAGUUACACAGGCCAGCCACGCAGAUGCUUUGGGCAUACCAGUAGCAGACACAGUUGGACAGGUCCUUGGGGCACCUGGGGUGGGUGAAGUGACGAAGGGUCAAGCAGGAGCUGUCGGCAAGCCUGUGGCAGCUGUUUCUGGGGAGGUCCUUGGAACACCGGCGCAGGAAUCCAAUAGUCGCCCAGUAGCCACAGUAGAGGCUUGA